AUGAAUAAAAAAACAAUUAUUGGUGUUGGUGGAGUGAUGGUGAUGGUUUAUUGUGGAUAUAAGUUGUAUAAUUAUUGGAAAGGUGAAGUGAAAAGUGAAGUGGAAAGUGAAGUUGGUGAUGAAAUAGAAAAUUUUGAAAACAGUGAAGAAAAGUUAAGUGAAGUUGGUGAUAGUGAGUGGAAUAGUGAUUGUGAUGAAAAGUGGAAUGAAAAUAGUGAUAAAGGUGGUGAUAGUGAGUGGGAUGAGUUUUGUGAAUUUUUUGAUGAAUUUGAAAGUGGAAAUUGUGAUGAAAUUUGA